CAAUACUCGACCCCGAUGCCUUACGGUACGUACGCAAAAUGCAUAAUCAUAUGCGAUAAAUAUGUCAGUAGCAGCAGCACCACAAUCUCGCCUUCACUCUGUCCCGAGAUAGCACGCGUUUUGGGUUUGCUGCGCUGCGUGAUAUCUGAAGUUUAUCCUAGACUUGACACUUUGAGUUUGGCAUUGUGCCGGUAUUGGCUCAUUCGCGAGUGUUAAUAUGCUGACUACAGUAGGAAGCAUCAGAGUUUGGCUUGGAGGGGGUGGGGGUAGCUGAGACGCUGGAGCCUGGAGGGGUCAGACAAUCGGAAUGGGUGGCUGAGUGAUGGUCGGGUAUGUUCCAUUUGCUGGAUUGGAUUCUCUUUCUACCUGCAUGAACUUGCAUGAUCUUGGAGCUUCGCUACCAUGAUGCGGCUCUGUUUCACAUAGCCUACGAGUAAGUGAAGGUGUCACGCGUCUUAAAGGAGUUUUGGAACUCAGAAUGGGGAGGCCCGGAAUGAACGGAGUUGGCAUUUGUAUCCGAGUCGAUUCGGACCGGACAAUUCCUCUUUUGACGUACCUGUACCACACAAGGACGCGGGAAAGGGGGCAACUUUUAGUCCUCCGGCCUAUGAUGCCAGAAUCGCGGAUCGAUCUCGGGCCGUUGGCUUGUGUUUCCGGAUUAAUCAGCGAGGAAGCAAGCAGCUGGAACCUGGAGGAAUGAAUUUUGCCGUGUCGAUAAACGUGGAAAUGCCGCCGGCGAUCACGGCGCACGACAGCCGAUUGGCCCGUGGCACCUCUUGCACUUCCUGGUAUCGUAACGGAGAUGCCCGGACAUAACUCGUGUAAAUCCCGUUAAAAUCGAUAGCCUAACUUACCCUCUAGGACGCCCCCCAGUGGAAUUGUUGUGUUGUGAAUUUAGAGCCAGGGGAGCCCUAUGAUACCGUAUGGUAUCAGUUGCUCAAAGAGUGGAGGAGGAAUGGCGGGUACCGGUAGAUGUGCUGGCUACGGGGGUGUAACAGGAAGUCGGGCAGUCGAGUAAUCUUUGAAGCUCACUGCUGACAGAUCAAAUGGGGCAUUUGGGCUUUAUAUGCGCCGUUGCCAGCAGAUGCCCUGGUCGUUGGUGAUAGGUGUGAUGACAACGCGAUAUGGCGAUCGAUGCCGUAAUUGUAGAGUUUUUCUUUCCCUUUCGGUGCUCUUGAGGAUCGGUCGAGAAUCCACUUGCUUAGAUCCCGAGGCGAGGUUUACACAUUUGUAUGUGAUGGAUUAACUUAAAUUACAGUAAGGACAUCGUUCUCAGCAAUCUGCCUUUCUUUGUUCCUCUUGUCUUUCCGUCUACGGUGUAGCCGUAUUGCCAUAAGUCUGGAGUAAUCAUGGUUAUACCGUGUCUCUGAUUCAACACUCUUGGUGGAUUACUGACUCUGUGGAACCCUGAACAUCCGGCAUCCGUGGCGGCACUCGCGACACAAAGAGGAAUUAUUGCAGGGAAGCUGAUCUCGUGCAGCACUUCCACUGGUGUGGAUUUGGUUGCGUGACUUUGAUGGGAACUUACUUGGGGCAUGGAGAGCCUCGCAGGGCCCCACUCAUGGAUGCUCACGGAAAUUCCGGUGAACAUUCUCUCCGACCAACCGAGAUAUUGUUCAGGAGAAAUUUAGGAGCACCCGCAUUGUUCGCGCCUAUUGGGAUUUAUGUGCAGUGGGUGGGGAGUGCAGUUAUGUGGCUCUAUCUAAAGUAUUUGUUCCCCCUCUCAUUCCAUAGAAUAUCCUACGCUCUUACUCUUUAUCCUCCUCCCUUUUGGCUAUUUCGCUGUUCGGAAUUUGGCACUUGCACACAGGACUGGCUACCGCCACGCCCUUCAUUCCCAUGCAUACCGGUAGCGUUCACAUCACUAAAGCUGGUUGGUCUCUAAUUUAACACCUCACGUGUGGUAUCGGUGUUUGCCUGGCCUCUUCUGGACGACCUACCUUUUCUGGGGGAUUUUUAUCUAGCCUCUUUCUUUUAGCUGGGAGAACAGAAAUAGCUCCUUCAUAAAGGACAGGGCUGUCGUAGGGGAAUUCAGAAAAACAUAAGCCAGAAAGAAACCUGCAGCUUUCCUUCCGUAGAGAAUGUUUGCAGACGCCUAUCUAGAGCCUUUGAUUGUGUUCUCAAUCCUCUCCGCCGGAGUAAUUCUCAAUCGGCAACGAACCCCUCAAAACAACGGCACUUGGUCGCCAGCUUCGUCAUCGUCUUCGGAGGGACUAUUAUCAUCUCCACUAUUAGAACCGCAAUACCGGGAGAGAAAGUUCUUCGGGAGGAGGAUCCAGAGCCGGAACACUGCACGCUGGAAGCAUACACUUGUAUCCAGACUGCUGAGGAAGUUCCCGUUUCUGGUAGAAGUGUGGUAUUGGUUACUGGUUUAUUGGACAUACCAACUCGGGAGAGCCCUUACCGCAGUUACCCUCAAGUUGGAAACCGUUGUACAGGCACGUCUGAAUGCUCUCUCGCUAGUCCGGCUUGAACAGAGUCUGGGUAUCUUCUUGGAGCCAGCGAUCCAAAGAUACUUUCUACCUCAACCCCUUCUACUUACUGCUAUUAAUCGCAUAUAUUCCUUUAUCCAUAUCCCGGGGACAAUUACCUUCAUCGCAUGGCUGCAUCAUUACGCACCGGCUUCGCUCUUUGAAGCUAGGAGACGAGCUCUGGCAAUUUGCAACCUGAUGGCGUUUGUCAUAUUCACUGCAUGGCCAUGUAUGCCUCCUCGCCUACUUCCCGAGGAAGACGGCUUUGGGUUUAUCGACACUGUGCAUACGGGAAAAGUAGCAAGCGUGUGGACAACAAACAGGUUCUGCAAUCAAUUAGCGGCUAUGCCAUCACUUCACUUCGGGUACUCGUUUGUGAUAGGAUUGACCAUCGCGACUAUGCCUCCUUCGUCAUCUCUUCAUGCGAAUAACCUACGAAGGAGAAUCUUACUCAUAAUUUUCGGCGUGUCGUAUCCAUUGACUAUUCUUGUGGCAAUCAUUGCAACAGCCAAUCAUUACAUCCUUGAUGCUGUGGCUGGUUUAUUCGUGGCGCUGCUUGGGUGGCAAAUUAAUGGUGCAUUAUGUAAUCUCCUCGUCUUGGAAGACUGGGUCUAUUAUCUCUUGAGGGUGCAUAAGCCCUUCAGGGAUUGUGAAGCCGAGGGAUCGCAGAUCUAUGCAGCGGACAAGGAGGAGGGUGAAGAGGACUGGUGGAGGAAAGCAUAAAGGGGUCCCGGGGGAUGAACGAAUGGGCUGGGUAACGACAGGAGGAAAAAAGGAAUGGCAAAAUAUUGGCAGACAGAAUGCAGUUCUCGGGCUCUACCCACCGGCUAGGAUAUACCAAACCGGAUCGUUCUUGCAAUCGGAUGCAGCCAUUUGAUUGACUGAGUGACUUUAUCUUCCUUUCCUCCAUUGAUUUUGGUUCAUAUAAUGGAGGGGCUAUUUUUCUUACUGUGGCCUAACUCCCGUCACAUUUUUAACGGGAUUUGUGCUCUUGAUAUCUCGUUUUUUGGAUGGUGUUGGUACUUGACCCCAAGGGAAUUUUGUUGAUAGCAGGGUUAGGUUGGUUAUUUGCGCACGAUACUGUGCCUUGUGCCUUCUUCGGGGGGUGGGUUGUUAGUGACUGUAUAUACUAAGUAGUUUAGAGGGGGGGAGGAGGGGGUUAUCCUGAUUGGGGCGAUGUGUAUUACGGCAAGUUAAUUGUGGAUUGUUAUGAGUGGAGUGCUGUGUCGGUACGGUACGGUAUCACCAUGGUAUCGUCUCGACUCUGCAUUAUCGGACCCUGCGAUUCCUUUUCGAAAGGGCAAACAAAGAAGUAGAGAUUAUGAGAAUCCCAUG